UCGGUCGAACAGUCGCAAAAGUGAUAUUUUUAGACUGGAGUGAAGGAAUUAGCUAAAAAUGAGUUCAUGAGAAAAGAAAAUCGCGGGUGGCAAUAUUUUAAAGUUAUUGGAAUUCCUCGAAAUUGCAUAUUUGUUAAUGUAUAAAUGUGAAGAGUGUCUUGAAAAUUAUGUGCAAACAUUGAAACCAGUUGCAUUGCCAUUGUUGCUUUCUGAUUAAUUGAAUGGAACGCUCCAGGAUGUCUCUGAGGCGGUCAAAAUCGUUGACACGCAGUCAAGGAUCGCUUGCAUCUUCAUCAAUCAGACCAAGGCACGAUGCCAGGAGGCAGGUAAAAGAUUGCUGUCGCAAGUUUGUGGCCUUCAUGUGCACACAAGUGGGCGUGGGGGCAUUGAUUGUUGCUUACUCCAUCAUCGGUGCCUUCUGUUUUAUCUCAGUGGAGACUCAAGUAAACAAUACGACUACAGACGACGUGGCUAUAUUGCGGCGGAGCUAUGCUUUGGAGUUGUGGGAAAAGACAGAACAUCUGAAUAUGUUCAAUAAAACCGAGUGGAUGUUUGAGAUGGAUGACGUGCUGAAGAGCUUUCAAGAUGAGGUCAGCAGUGCAAUAAAGAACGGAUUCGAUGCGAGGACUCCGGAGGAGAUUUGGUCCUUCCCUGCUGCUUUGAUGUACUGUCUGUCCAUCUUCACUAUGAUCGGCUAUGGAAACAUCGUACCGAAAACUCAAUGGGGCAAAGGCUUGACUGUAAUCUAUGCUACAUUUGGAAUUCCACUGUACAUCCUGUACUUCCUGAACAUUGGCAAGAUUUUGGCUAAGACAUUUAAGAUUCUGUACAGAUGCAUCCAUGAGUGCACUCACGACAAAACAGAGGACAUCCUAGAGCAAGGAGGUUACAUACCUCAAAAGAAAGUGAUUGUACCCUCAACUGCGUGUCUGUGGGUUAUUUCAUUUUAUAUUUUCACUGGAACGAUUAUGUUUGCCAAUUGGGAGCGAUGGAGUUACUUGGAUUCCGUGUACUUUUGUGUAACAAGUCUUUGUAAAAUCGGAAUGGGAGAUUUCGUGCCUGGUGCUAACUUUUAUAACGACUCGAUAACGUCACAACAAACCAAAUUAGCAAUCAACUUUGUAUAUGUCCUAUUGGGAAUGGGAUUGGUUGCAAUGUGCUAUAAUCUGAUGCGCGAAGAAGUGAAAGUUAAAUUGAAAGAAAUGAAGGAAGAUUUGAAAUUGUGCCUGGAAGAUCUAAGGAAUAGAUUUACUGGUAUUUGCGGCAGUGAAGAUUAUGAGGAAGAAGAAUGGUAGUGAUGCUGAGAAAAUAACCCAAAGU